ACCUGGCUGAGGCGGUGGAGCGAAGGGUGAGGCCCAGCGGGCUGCCAAAAGGGAGCUGUAAGCGCCUGAAGCAGAACCAGAACCCCGUGUCCUCGUUCCAGGCCCCUCGGCUCGGCUCGGUGGGAGCUGCUGGCCGCCGUGGGGGUCUUCCCACCCACCCCUCCGGCCCAUCUGGGUGGCUGGCCUGCGGAGGGCGGGAAGCACAAGAGUUUCCCCUCCCCCCCUUUUGCACGAGGAAGCAUUUGCACGGUUGCACGACGAUGGUGUCCCAGCCAGGGCUCCGCUGAUCAACAUGGCUGUCAGAUUCCAGGUUGCAGACAUGGAGGAAAUGGUGAUUUGGGAGCAGUACACAGUGACGCUAAACCGAGAUCCCCGGAAAGGCUUCGGCAUUGCCAUCUCAGGGGGCCGGGAUCGUCCCGGCGGUGUUGACCGGGAUGUCUCGAUCGUGGUCUCUGACGUGGUGCCGGGGGGACCGGCCGAAGGACGCCUCCAGACCCGGGACAAGAUUGCCAUGGUGAACGGCCUCUCCAUGGAUAACGUCUCUUCCUCUUUCGCCAUCCAGACCUUGAAAACGUGCGGCAAAGUCGCCAAUAUUACAGUGAAGAGACCUCGGAAGGUGCACCUCCCGGUUUCCAAACCCAGCCAGCUCAAAAGCUUGCCUCUGUCUGGUUCUGCGUCUCGCUCGCCAGAGGACGGAAACAAGGACUCCGAGGAGGAAUAUGGGUAUCGGAGUCGGGAGUCGAUUCCUCCGGGCAGGCAUGCGGGGCACUCUGGCCAGCACAGAGCGGAAGCUGACCACAACCGGGGCUACGACGGCGACUCCUCCAGCGAGCGGAGUUCGGGGCGCUACCGCGACGGGUCAGAGCGCCAGGCCUUCACCAACGGCUAUGGCCGCGGCCCCAGGGGGAACGCCGGAAGCGGACUGACCUUGAUGUCUGGGUUCAAGAGGCUGCCGACACAAGAUGGACCGAUGAAACCCAUCCGGUCGGUUCUGGUGAAGAGGAAAGAAAACGAAGAAUUUGGUCUGAAGCUGGGCAGCCAGAUCUUCAUCAAGCACAUUGCGGAGACGGGACUGGCAGCCAAAGACGCUUCCUUGCAAGAAGGGGACCUGAUCCUGAAGAUCAACGGGGUGCCCAGCGAGAACCUGUCCCUGGCUGAGACGCGGGAGCUGAUUGAGCGGUCGGAGGGGCAGCUGACUUUGAUCCUCUUGCGGGACAACAGCCAGUUCUUGGUCAACCUCCCUGAAGUGAGGGACAGCGAAAGUGAAAGUUCGCACCUGGACGAUAUCUCUGACCUCGGUUCCGACAUCUCUCCGCCUCCGCCCACCGGAAGGGUGCCGAUGUCUCCAGAAAUGCCCGCAUCUCCCAACAGAAAUUCUUCCUCGUCGAGAAGGGGUUCCAGUGGAGAUCUGGUGCCAGUACAGGAAUUGUCUGUCACCCCAGUUUUUGAUGCCGAUGGAGAUCCUGGGAACGAUACCGAUGCCCAUCAUGGCGCUCCGAGUACCAUAAAUGAUGGCUACAGCCCGGAUUCCAAGCUGGUUCAUUUCAUCAAGGCCAGGAACAUUGGGCUCCGGCUGGCCGGUGGCAACGACGUGGGGUUAUUCGUAUCCGGCGUGCAGGAAGGAAGCCCGGCCGAAAGUCAAGGCAUAGAGGAAGGAGAUCAGAUCCUGCAGGUGAACGAGAAAGUGUUCCAGAACCUGACUCGUGAGGAGGCUGUGCAGUUCCUCGUGGAUCUGAGGCCGGGCGAAGAAGUGUCUCUCCACGUUCAGAGGAAGCAGGACAUCUACCGGAAGAUGAUCAAGUCCAACGUGGGCGACUCGUUCUACAUCCGCACCCAUUUUGAUUUUGAGAAGGACACCCCGUCCGGGUUAAGCUUCACGCGUGGCGAGGUCUUCCACGUGGUGGACACCAUGUACCGAGGCAAACUGGGCAGCUGGCUUGCCUUAAGAAUGGGAAAAGAUCUUCAAGAGAUGGACAAAGGCAUCAUCCCAAAUCAAAGCAGGGCAGAGCAAAUUGCCAGCCUGGAGUCGGUCCUGAAAGCCACGUCCGCCUCUGCCUCGGGACCCCGGGCCGAGUUCUGGAAGCUGAGGGGUCUCCGGGGUGCCAAGAAAAUUCUCCGGAAGAGCCGAGAGGAUCUCUCGGCCUUGACCAAGCAAGGCCGCUACCCACCCUAUGAAAGAGUGGUGCUCAAGGAAGCGACAUUCAAGCGCCCAGUGGUGAUCCUCGGUCCCAUCGCUGACAUAGCCAUGCAGAAGCUGAGCACAGAGAUGCCCGACCAGUUUGAAAUAGCCGAGAGCGUCACCAGGGAAGGUGGCUCAGCCAAAGUGAUCAAGCUUGACUCUGUCUGGCGGAUUGCAAAGAAGGAGAAGCAUGCACUCCUGGACAUCACCCCGGAGGCCGUCGAGCGGCUGAAUUACGUCCAGUACUUCCCCAUCGUGAUCUUCUGUGAGCCGGAGAGCCGGCAGGGGGUCAAGGCCAUGCGGCAGUGGCUGGCCCCGGAGUCGAAGAAAAGCUCCCGGCGCCUCUACGCCCAGGCCGGGAAGAUGCGCAAGCUCUGGAGCCACCUCUUCACGGCCACCAUCAGCCUAGCCGACGGCUCCAACACCUGGUACCAGAGCCUCAAGGAUGUCAUCCGGAUCCAGCAGGGGCGCCCUGUCUGGACGACGGAAGAGCCGGUGGAGGUCUCCUCGGAGGAAGCCCUGGAUCUUUUGAACCCGGCCCCGGGCACUAGCCCGGGCUACCUGACCUGCGACAGCCGGGCCAACAGCGACUACGAGGAGACAGACGCUGAAGGCGAACCCUACGGGGAUAAUGACCUCGAAGAGGCGUACGAUGAGCCGGCCCUCUCCCGGUCCUCGGAGCCCACGGACCGAAGCCCUGAGCUGGACCUGAACGCGCGGGUGGCGGCUGCGCUGGCGUACCCCAUUGAUCAGCGGGACAGGGGUGACCAACAACCAGAAGGUCAGUGGCGUCAAGAAUACGGCACCAGCAGGGAAUUCGAACACGAGGCUCUCCGGAAGAAAUUCACCCAGGCUCGGGCUUACGACUCUGAGUCGGACCAGGAUUACGGCUAUGAUUGGGGACCUGCCACGGAUUUGUAGAUGCGGACUGCCUCAUGGUCUCCCCCCAAAAAACCACACAACCCUCCCCCCCCCAAUUUCUUCAGGACGUAUAUAUGUAUGUAAGACUGCGCCGUCCCUUUCGGAGGGAAAAAAAGUCUCUGGUUACUGGUGCCUUUUAAUAACACUAAGAGGGCGUUCUCUUCCCCAUCUUGCCCCAUUCCAUAAUUUUUAUCACAUCAACUCAAAAACGGUUGGAAGCAAACCCAUGAUCCCUGGGGGUUAAAAAAAAAAAAAUCAAAUUUCUGGUGGCCGUGUCCACAGAAUAAGGAGCCUUCAGCCCAGAAGACCGUUUGCUGAACCCCUUACAAAAAACUUAAGCCCUUUCCUCUCUUACCAUCCUUCAGCCAACUCUGGCUUCAGUUCAUGUCGGGGGUCGAACUGAUUCUGCUCUGGGUUUUAAUCCGAACUUUACGAGCAUGAUCCAAGCUGCCGGAGCGGACAGUGUAGACCAGCCUCCUGGGAGAGCUUUGAGCACCUUCGGAGUAAAACCCCAGAAAGGAUGCUCCGAAUCAGACCAUCCUGUGGCACCGGAACAACCCCCCACCUCUCCUCCUCCGGCUGGGUCGGGCUACAGAUCCCAUCAUCCACAGCCACAGAUGAUGCGAGUGGUGGAUUAUGCCAGAGAACAGCAGAGUGAAGAAAACUUAGCUUGUCGGUGCAAGCCUAUUGUGACGGGUCCUGAACUCUGGGAUGACGGAGGACAGAUCCUGCCCCUCCUCUGCAGGAUUGCCUUUCGGAUUCUGGGAUCCAGGGGUCCCCAAUAAUCCGAAUAACCCUUCCCUCAAGACUUGGCAAAAAAA